AUGAUCUCAUCGCUCAGCGUCCACUUCCUGAACGCUAUUGAGUCGCCAACCUUGCCCGAAGAGUCGAAUCAGCACCCCAAGCUCAAGCGUGAAACACUGGCAAGACCGCGUGUUGUAAAGGAUGUCACUUCUGCAUACCGGUACCGUAUGUUCUGGAAUCAGAUAAGCCUGUAUCUCCAGCCAGGAGAGCUGACGUCAUGGACGUCACCGGCGGCGAAGAGCCAUGAACCACCGUCUCAGCACGCGAAGGCGACCAAGCGCGUCGCUCCGACGAACGCGGCCAGCACCGGGCGCAAAAAGGCCAACGAAGCUGAGCGGUGCGCUCUGCGCGAGAAGGUAGCUCGUCUGUGCGUACUGCGCCACCAAUAUCGCAGCCGAUGGGACGAAACUCCUUCAUGCAUGGCGACGGCACCCAAGUCGAAAGAAGAGCUUCCCCCGCUAGACGUACGCUUCCUGUCAAGUACAAGCUUCCCACAUUGUUCCAAGAGGCCGAAGAACGACUACGACCCACCGCGAACCGGAUGUUCAGACACUUCGGCACGGACACAGCGCAUCGCGGAGAUAUGGUAUCCAGCCUCCGGUCCAGGAUCAUCGAUGUUUGUUCUGUCGUCUAAAAGCAAACCGCAUAUCGGUUACAUGAUAAUGCACGCCGGCGACGGGACCGGAAUCGAGAAGCUCAAGCGGCUGAGCUCACAAGAUUCAUGGCCAGACUACGCAUCAAACCAUCAGAACCUGAAACACCCGUACAACGCGAGAAGGGCCGAACAGCCCUGUGCACCUGCUCAUCAAGCACUGAAACUCGCGCUGUCAGAGCUCGCACGCCGAUCGGGCGUCAUCGUUACCGGCGUCCGUGGAACUAGUCCGGAGGCAGACAGAAGGCGACAAUCAUCCAAACAAGAACUUAGCUCCGACGGUCCUUGA